UUUUGAUGUGUGAGGUAAAAAUGAAAAAAAUUUGUUGAGAAGAAAAAGUGAUAUGGGUUGAGAAGGAAAUAUGAGAUAGUAAAGGGGUUUGAGAAAGCAAAAGAAACACUAAAGUCUUUUUUUAUAUCUUUAAUUUCACUCGUUUCUACCAAUUUUCUGCUUUCCUCCCUGCCCCAUGUGGCUCUAGUCUUCUCUGACCUUGCCUCCUUCUCUCUCAUAAUUCCAGUUCUCUCAAAAGAUUCCAACCUUUUCCAACUUCACUAUCUACUCGUGUAUUCAACGUUCGGGGGAGUAAAAGAUGGUUGCAGAGUCUUGGUUGCGUAAUUUGUGGAAAAAUUCUCGAAAGCAUGAAGCAGGCCCUCCAAAAGAAUUGAUCGGAGUAUUAGCUUUUGAAGUUGCUGGCUUGAUGUCUAAAUUGGUUCAUCUUUGGCAAUCUUUAAGUGAUAAGCAGAUUGCCAGGUUGAGAGGGGAGAUUAUGAAUUCUGUGGGUAUAAAGAAGCUCAUAUCUGAGGAUGAAGAGUUCAUUGCGAAUUUAAUACGUUUCGAGUUGGUAGAGACUUUGGCACAUGUGGCAAAAUCUGUGGCCAGGCUCGGGAAGAAGUGUAAUCACCCUGGAUUGAAGAACUUUGAGAAUGCGUACGAAGAAUUGAUCAAGAUUGGUGCCGACCCAUUUGGAUGGGGUUUUACAUUGAAGAAGAUGGACAAGAAAGUUAAGAAGAUGGAACGUUUCAUUUCGAUAAAUGCCACUUUGUACCAAGAGAUGGAAAUGCUUUCAGAUCACAAACAGACUCUAAAGAGAAUGAAGGGUAAUGAUAAUGACUUAGACAAUUUGCUUGAGUUUCAAAAGAAGGUAUCAUGGAAGGAACAGGAGGUGAAGAAUCUGAGAGAGGUCUCUAUUUGGAACAAAACCUAUGAUUAUACAGUUCUCCUUUUGGCAAGAUCACUAUUUACUUUAUUUUGUAGGAUCAAAGACGCCUUUGGAAUCAGCUCAAGCGCAGAUGUUGGUGAUUAUAAAGAUUUCGCUUCUGAUUAUAUACCCCGCAGCCACUCAGUUUCUGCAUUAAUGCAGUCUUCAGUUCAUCCAUCUGACAACACUGGCAUUGCUAGAUUUUCAUCUGGUCCCCUUGGAAUGUUUGCUAGUAACUCAGGCCCAAAUUCAAAACCUAAAAAUAUAAAUAAUUACCAUUCAGGUCCUCUUAUUGCUGCAAGCACAAAAUCAGGUCCUCUUUCUGGAAAGAACAACAAUGUCAACUUCUAUUCAGGUCCUCUUCAGAGAUCAACUCCAAAGUCAAGUACCAUUUUUGGAAAGGAUAAUAAAAGUGGGAAGAAGAUGUGGAAGCUUCGUGACAUGUCUCUUGGCUUUAAUGGGAAGAAACCAUCAUCGAAAACCAACCAAUUGACUCAAGUAGGACCAUUCAAGGGAUGCAUGAUGGCUGCUGACGGUUCUUCUGUCACCAAUUAUUCAAGUCCAGGUGCUGUUCAUUUGGGAAUUCUUAAUGGAGCAAAAGAUGGCAUUGUAAACUGCCUACCCCAGGGAAACACAGUUUAUAUUAAAAAUUCAGUCUUAAAUGGCAAGGGCAGGCUGUUGGAUGCUCCUCCAGAAACUCUUGGUGGUGCUGCUUUAGCCCUACACUAUGCAAAUGUAAUUAUUGUCAUUGAGAAGCUAGUGGCAUCCCCCCAUUUGAUUGGUCAUGAUGCAAGAGAGGACUUGUACAAUAUGUUACCUGCUAGUGUACGGGCUGCACUGAGAGCACGGUUAAAACCAUACACAAAGAGCUUGGCUACAUCAGUUUAUGAUACUGUGCUUGCAGGAGAGUGGACAACUGCAAUGACAACAAUAUUGGAAUGGUUGGCUCCACUUGCUCAUAAUAUGAUUAGAUGGCAAUCUGAGCGUAGCUUUGAGCAGCAAAACUUAAUUUCCAGGACAAAUGUUCUUCUAGUACAAACCCUCUACUUUGCAAAUCAAGAAAAGACAGAAGCAACAAUCACCGAGCUUCUUGUUGGCCUUAAUUAUGUGUGGAGAUUCAGUAGAGAAGUCAAUGCAAAAGCUCUGCAAGAGUGUGCUAGCAGUGGAAUAUUUGAUGAAUGCGUGGGUCUGGAAGGGUAAAGAUUAUGCUCAGGUUGUAAUCAAAGAUACAAAUCCCAUUUGCCUCUGAAAUUGACUGGCUUUUGGCAUCAGAUGGUUGUGAACAUUCCAUCUCCUGGCUAGUCCAUUGAGGUUCUCUAUAAUAACCGCAGUGUAGGUUAAAGCCACACACACCCUAUCAGAGUUCUUUAUACUGAAAAGGCACUCUUGAUGAGUUGAAGAUAUAGUUUGAAAUUUGAACAAUAUGCUUUCGGUAAGCAACAAUGAUGUUUUUCUAUCUGCAAUCUAUCAGCUUCUCUAUUCGCUUCCUCAUAAAGUAAUAUGCUGUGUUUUGAUUGAGCUAUAGUUCAAUGAUGGAAUUUGUAUAUUUAUAAGCGAUACACUUUUAUAUUAAAUGUAAAUCAUCCAUGUUAGGCUUUUCAUUCAUGUAUAUAGGACUACUCGUGGUUGAAAAUGCAUGUUUCCAGAUAGCUUUGUUUCUACAAAUGUACUUGAAGUCUGGAGAAACAAGAUCUUAGAUUCUGUUCUGUUUUAAA